CUUGGAGAGCUUGUCAGUCUUGCUUUGCCGUGCUGCGCGAGCCGCAUUCAUACCUGCGCGCGCCCUUUACACGGUGAAAUAGCUACACAACCGCAUCUCUUCAUGGCGGUUUCGUCGCCAACUCGCCCGGGCCACCGGAGGCACGCCCUGCCCAUGGUUGCAGCUUUGCUGCUGGCGCUCGUCGCGCGCGCGGACGGCUUCGCACGACCGCCCCAAUUCAGGAGGAUAGCCGCGCCGCCGCCGCGACGACCAGCACGACCAGCACGCGGCCCGGCGCCGCUCAUGUUUUAUCAGGGCGGCGUCCUCGGCGUCGGCACGCCCGAGGUUUUAGUUAUAGCUGCUGUUGGGUAUUUCUUACUAGGACCGGAGGAGCUCUACCGGCUCAGUAAAGAGAUCGGGAAAGUCGUCGGCCAAGCGCGGGAGUACGUCACGAAGUCCGCGGCCGAGUGGCAAGCGACUCUUGACGGAGAAACGUUCGAGUUCAAGGAGGUCAAGGAGAUCCAGGCCGCCGCGCAAGAAUUGCAGGACGCUUUUAAUUUUAGGAGUGCGCGCUAUUCCAACGACUACUCGAACUUCAAUACCGGUGAAGAGCAAAACUAUACGCCGCCGGAGGAGUCGGAAAACCCUCAAUUAGAUGUGGACGACUGGAAUGCUAAAAUAAUGGCCAACGAGGCUAGUGCAGCGCCGGCGGCGUCCCAAAUGAGUGCCGCGCCGCCGGCCGCGGCGGCGGCGCCGGCCGCUGCCACGGCGUCGCCGACGAUGACUGGAACGAAGGCCGAGCGCCUCGCCGAGGUCGAGCGGCUCUACGAGGCCAAACGGCGGGCGCUCGAGCUCGAGUUCGGCUACGAGCGCGAGAAGCUCGCGAUCCUGCUCGAGGAGGAGGACGAGGAGGAGCUGUCCGCCGCGGCCGUCGCGGCCGCGGACGCCUUCGAGGCGGCGGCGGAGGAAGCACCCGCGGCGCCCGCGGAGAACCCCCCGACGCUCUCGUCGUCGGAUCUGCCGUACUAAGAAUAUUGUCCGAA